AGUCAGCGCUCUUGUUGUGCGCAUGUGCACAGGUGCACUCACACCCGCUGAGGCCACUUAUAAUCAGGUAAUAAUGAGGCCGCGCGGCUGCAAAGCAGCAGCUGUUCGUCGUUUUUCAGGCCGUAUUACAGAAGUAUAACUGAACACAGAGCUGCUCAGGACAAAUAAUAACAAGUCUGUCCAAACGUUUGACUCAUAACUCAUCGAGUUCUUCUCCUGUCAGUCAUGAAUCCUCCAAACAGAGACGAUACAAGCCCGCCAGAGCACUACAUGCCCCAGCCGUCGUCGUCAUCAGGUGGAGGUGGUGGAGGAGGAGGUGGAGGUUUGUACCUGGAUGCCUAUGAGGUCUCUUUCCCCCUGGAGGAGAGUGUGGACAGACCUCCUGCGUAUCACCUGAACCAGGAGCAGCAGAUGAUGGACGAGCCUGUGGUGCAGGAGCCUCCUCACUCUCAGUACAGCCCUUUCAUCCUGGUCUCUAACCUGCGAGCUCACCUGUACGUCGCUCUGGAGAAGAACGCCUGGCUGCAGAAGCGAAUCGAGGAGUUGGAGGAGGAACGCAACUUCCUGCGCUGUCAGCUGGACCGCUUCAUCGUCAGCAUGAGGAGUCCGGAGGUGACCGAGUGGUGUGCAGAUCCUCAGCGUGGGGUGAAGGUCCAGCCUGCCAGCUCUCCGUCUCCUCCCUCCCCCAUGACCACCAGGUCAGGGAUGACCCUCAAACGCGUGCAGAGACCAGGACCGCGGACCCGCCGCAGCACCGCCAUCCCUGUGAAGCAGGAGUUUCACCUGGAGGAGGAUAAAUACUACACCGAGGACGAGUACGUGGAGGAAGAGGAGGAGGAGGAGGAGGAAGACGACGACUCGUCGGCGGAGAAGGGGUCAAAGAAGAAAGGCAGAGGGCGAGCCGGCGGGGAGCCGAGGAUGAAGAUGAGGAGGAUCUUCAGGAUCACCCACGGGAGGGAGAGGCAGCGAGUUAAAGACCCGGACGGCGUUCUGAUUCGCUAUAAGAAGAUCCUGACCACGUACCAGCGAGUGAGAAGCAUGUCCCGAGCCUUCCAGAUCCACGGAGUCGACAGAAACACCAUGGCCUCCACCUCCCCCAUCGCUGAGCUGCUGCUGGUGGCUCCAGAGAAGGUGGCCGAGGUCGGAGAGUUCGAGGCGUCGAAGGAGAAACUUUUGGAUUACGCCCGGCGCUGCUACAAGACGAUGGACGAGCCGACGCACACCAAAGUCCAGACCAUGAAGAAGACUCACAAGCUGCUGCCGAUCUCCUACAGGUUCAGGAACUGACCGACGAGACGUUUCCACACGAAACGUUCAGAUAGUUUCACUUUUUAUUUU